UUCCCUGCAGUUUGGCUUUGGGCCUUUUGAGUUGCCUCCUCAGUGGCUCUCAGAGACCCGCAACAGCAAGAAGCGGCUGCUUCCCCCCUUGGGUAACACCCCAGAAGAGCUGAUCCAGACAAAGGUGCCCAAAGAUUUCAAUGGAUAUUAUAAAGGGAAACCUAGAUGGAAUUUCAAAACCAGCUUCAAAUUCAAGAAUACGCCCUGGGAGCAGAAGUUCAAAUGCGUCUUUGGAGGUGCUCUCAACAGAACCAGCAUCCUGCAAGGUUGAUACUGCAAGCAACUUGAACUCUGGUAAAGAGGACCACUCCGAAAGCAGUAAUACAGAGAACAGAAGAACUAGUAAUGAUGAUAAGCGUGAAAGCUGCUCUGAGAAAAUAAAAUUGGCUGAAGAGGGGUCAGAUGAAGAUCUGGAUUUGGUUCAACAUCAGAUAAUCCCUGAGUGUUCAGAUGAACACAAAUUAGAAGAAUUAGAUUCUCAACUUCAAGAUGCUAUUCAGAAGAUGAAAAAACUUGAUAAAAUAUUGGCAAAGAAACAACGCAGAGAAAAAGAAAUUAAGAAGCAAGGUCUAGAAAUGAGAAUAAAGCUGUGGGAAGAAAUUAAGUCUGCAAAAUAUAGUGAAGCUUGGCAAAGUAAAGAGGAGAUGGAAAAUACAAAAAAAUUUUUAUCUCUGACUGCUGCGUCUGAAGAAACUGUUGGUCCUUCUCAUGAGAAUGAAGACAACUUUUCCUCCGUGUUUCAUACUCAGAUCCCUCCAGAAGAAUAUGAAAAGCAGAUGCAGAAACUCAGUAAAGAUUUUACCUGUGAUGUGGAAAGAAAUGAGUCAUUGAUCAAAGCAGGAAAGAAACCUUUCUCAAAUACAGAAAAGAUUGAGCUCAGGGGUAAACACAACCAGGAUUUUAUUAAGAGAAACAUUGAGUUGGCCAAGGAAUCAAGAAACCCAGUGGUUAUGAUUGAGAGAGAGAAGAAAAGGCUGGUUGAGCUUUUGAAGGACUUGGAUGAGAAAGAUUCCGGGCUCUCCAGUUCUGAGGGUGAUCAGUCUGGCUGGGUGGUCCCAGUAAAAGGAUAUGCACUGGCAGUCACCCAGCAUCGGCAGCUUGCUGAAAUUGAUAUAAAACUCCAGGAACUCUCUGCAGCCUCCCCAGCAAUUUCCAGCUUUUCUCCAAGACUUGAAAAUCAGAAUAAUCAGGAACCUGACCUUGAUGGUGAAAAAAAUAUGGAAGUAACUCCAGGAGAAAAGGUACUCAGGAACACCAAAGAGCAACGGGAUCUGCGUAUUCGGCUGAGAGAGAUUGAUGAAAAGCUGAGAAUGAUGAAGGAAAAUGUGUUACAGUCCACAUUGCGUCUCUCUGAAGAACAGUUAAAGUGUCUUCUGGAUGAAUGCAUAGUUAAACAAAAAUCCAUCAUUAAACUUUCUACAGAAAGAGAAAAUGAAGACAUUGAGGAUGUAAUACCUACGUUCCCCCAGCUUUCCAGGUCCAUCAUCUCUAAAUUACUAAAUGAAUCAGGAACAGAGGUCCAGAAAACUGAGGCAGAAGAUGCAGAUAUGCUUGAGAGUGCAGAACGUGAGGCUUCUAAAGGCUACUAUCUCACUAAAGCUUUGACUGGACAUCGCAUGUCAGAAGCUCUUGUCACUGAAGUAGAGAAUAUGAAAUGCCUUCAAUUUUCGAAGAAUGAUAUUAUUAGUGACACAAAAGACUAUUUUAUGUCAAAGACUCUUGGCAUUGGGAGACUGAAAAGGCCCUCCUUCUUGGAUGAUCCACUGUAUGGUAUCACUGUGAGCCUUUCAUCAGAAGACCAACAUCUGAAACUCAAUUCUCCAGAGAAAACAAAAGCAGAUGAGCAGGAGACUAAAGAUGCAGCAGAAGAACGUAAAGAACCCUAACCAAGGACUUGCUGGGUGUGCUUUUAAGAAAGUUGAGUUUGGGCCUUUUAGAUUGC